GAUGUAAAUUGUUUAUAUAGUGUAGUAAGGCAUUUUUGAGACUGUGUAUUGGUGGUACUGAUAAAGCAGAUAUUACGUUGUUACUGGCUGAAAUGAAUGAUGGUGCGAAGGUAGUGUGAAAUUCAAGUUUCAGUUUGCUUCAGUAUAAGACCGAUAAAAGGUGAAUUAGCGUACAGUAUGGCAUCUGCUGUGUUUAAUCAACCCUUUAAAGAUGGGCUUAUGUUGAUGAAUAGGGUCCGGAAUGGUGUGGUAGCAUGGAAUCGGAGCAUGUCAGUAGUACCAACUACAAAACUCUUCAUCAAUGGAAAAUUUGUAGACUCCAAAACAGAGGAUUGGAUUGAUGUACAUAACCCAGCAACUAAUGAGGUAGUGACAAGGGUACCAAAAGCCACAGAGGCUGAGAUGUUGCAGGCGGUAGCAUCAGCGAAGGAAGCCUUCAAGAAGUGGUCGCAGUUAUCGAUACUGUCUCGGCAACAGGUCAUGUUCAGAUACCAGGACAUCAUUAGGAAGAACAUGAAAGAGCUGGCCAAGAGCAUCACAACGGAACAAGGCAAAACACUGAUUGAUGCGGAGGGAGACGUGUUACGAGGACUGCAGGUGGUGGAGCACUGCUGCAGUGUUACGUCCCUCCAGCUGGGAGAGACGUUGCCUAAUAUUAGCAAGGAUUUGGAUACGUACUCGUACCGCUUGCCGCUCGGCGUAACAGCUGGUAUAACGCCGUUCAACUUCCCAGCCAUGAUUCCGCUGUGGAUGUUUCCUGUUGCCAUUGUUCUGGGUAACACGUCCGUCAUCAAGCCAUCAGAACGAGACCCCGGAGCUUGUAUGAUGCUGAUGGAGUUGCUCAAUGAGGCGGGAUGCCCUCCUGGAGUCGUGAACGUGAUUCAUGGCGCACGUGAGGCCGUCAGCUUCAUAUGUGAUAAUCCAGACAUUAAAGCUAUCUCAUUCGUAGGAUCUGACCAAGCAGGGAAGUAUAUCUAUGAACGAGGAUCUCUCAAUGGAAAGCGCGUACAGAGCAACAUGGGAGCCAAAAAUCAUGGCGUGGUCAUGCCUGAUGCAAAUAAAGAAAAUACUCUGAACCAGCUCGUUGGGGCUGCUUUUGGAGCCGCUGGGCAGCGCUGCAUGGCCCUCAGUACGGCUGUGUUUGUAGGCGAGGCACAGCAGUGGCUCCCAGACCUUGUUCUCAGAGCAAAGGCACUGAAAGUAAAUGCAGGUCACGUACCAGGCACAGACUUUGGUCCUGUCAUCUCGGCGCAUGCGAAGAACAGGAUCUGCGAUUUAAUACAGUCGGGAAUCGAUGAGGGAGCCAAAUGCGUUCUCGAUGGACGAGGACUCCGGGUGCCUGGCUUUGAGAAGGGAAACUUUAUUGGGCCGACCAUCCUUACAGAUGUUAAGACAAACAUGAAAUGUUACAAGGAGGAGAUCUUUGGACCAGUUCUGAUCACGUUGCAUGUGGACACAUUGGACGAAGCCGUAGAACUCAUCAACGAGAAUCCGUACGGUAAUGGUACAGCCAUCUUUACAACCAAUGGGGCUACUGCCAGGAAGUUUACCAACACAAUUGACGUGGGUCAGGUCGGAGUAAACGUGCCAAUUCCUGUGCCACUGCCCAUGUUCUCCUUCACAGGAACACGUGGUUCAUUCAUGGGUGAUGCACACUUUUAUGGCAAGCAGGGUGUAAAUUUCUACACACAAGUGAAGACAGUGACUCAGAUGUGGCGGGAGAGCGACGUGACGCACUCGAAGGCCGCCGUUUCGAUGCCCGUUAUGCAGUGAGUACCUCCGUACAGAAGGUUUUGCAGUCGGCGCACGGAUGUUUUGAUAUUUUCCAGGUGGUAUGUAAUUCGGGCAUCUUAUAAAAUUCACUUUCUAGUGUCAGUUGCAAGACGCAGCACAAACAUUUUACGCUUUAUAAAGUGCCCGAAUUCUACGUGUUGCUCGUAAGAAAUAUUGUGAAUAUAGUUUGAAUUAUAAAAAUAUGGUACAUAUUCUUUUAUGAUUGGAAUUCAUCUCGUACCAGGAGAUGAACGAGGAGUCGUUCUGGUUCUCCUGCAAUCAGUAGUAUAAUGUUAGUGAUGAAGAGGAGCUUACAGACACGUUCGCCUACAAGUUAGAUUAGGAGCAUAUGAAGAUAAUCUAUAGAUUGUCUGCAAAUUACAAUUAUGUUACUUGUUCACUUCUUUGAAUGAAGCAUUUUAUUGUGUUUUUAUCUCAGGUUCUGUGGAUGUUUUUAUCCGAUCUUCAUGUAACCUUGCCAGUCUUUGUUUUGUAGCAGAGUCGGAAUAUCUGCCAGCGCUGCUGUGCGUGAUUGUAGUUUUAUAUAUAUAUAUAUUUUUAUAGCGACUCUUUUCUCGUGAAAAUAGCUGUCCAAAGUGGACGAUGAAAUAUGCAACGUGCGUAUGUGAGCUACCUCCUCUGAAAGUAGUUUGUGCACUUGGUUCUGUGCAGUCCAUCUGUUCCUCUCAGUCUCUUUCAGGAGAAAAAAACAAAAUGUCUGGGAAAUGAAUAGUAGGUUUUUAUUUUAAUUUUUCGGUGAGUUUUGUUUUCAAAAGUCAUGAUGUGUAGAAUACAUCGAAAUGCCAAUAAAACAAACAUCAAGUUA